AUGCCUUCGUAUGCUAAAUUUCUGAAAGAAAUCCUAACCAAUAAGAGGAAGCUCGAUGAAGAUGGAACUGUAGUGCUAACUGCAGUGUGUAGUGCUAUAAUCCUCAAUAACUUUCCACCCAAAAUUAAAAGACCUAGGGAGUUUCUCAAUUCUUGUGUUAUACGUAAAUUCAUCAUCGACAAAUCGUUAUUCGGUUUAGGAGAUAAUGUUAGUCUGAUGCCUCUUUCCAUCUGCGAGAGGCUCAAUUUAGGAGAUUUAAAACCAACAAAGAUGUCUCUUCAAUUGUCUGAUCGAUCAGUAAAAUACCCAAUAGGAAUACUGGAAGAUAUCCCAGUAAGAAUCGGCCAGUUGUAUGUUCCUACAAACUUUGUAGUAAUGGACAUUAAAGAUGACUCUCACAUCUCGAUCUUCUUAGGUAAACAUUUCUUAACUACUGCAAGUACAAUAAUAUAUGUAAAGAGAGGAAAGCUUACCUUCGAGUUCUUAAAGGAAUUGUCGUUAGAAACACCACCGAUGGUAGAGUUGGUUGUGCCUCCGACACCGACAACAAAAGCAAAGGAAGAUGAGGCGAAGAUUUAUUUAGAUAAAGGUUUAGAAUAA